UUUUCCUCGGCCGUGCUGGUGGGGCUCUACCUCUUCGAGCGCUUUCCCGGCUUCAUGGUGGGCGUGGGGCUCUUCACCAACCUGGUCUACUUCGGUUUGCUGCAGACCUUCCCCUUCAUCGUCCUCACCUCCUCCAAUUUCAUCCUCUCCUGCGCGCUGGUCGUAUUCAACCACUACUUGGCUUUCCAGUACUUUGCCGAGGAAUUUUACCUGUUCUCUGAG